AUGUUUUUUAUUUCUCUUCUCAUAUUUUGUCUUUCAAUAACGGCAUCUGCUCAAUUCACAUAUUUAGGAUGUUACGAUCCUUCUAGUCUUUCUUUAACUUCAAAGGGCUCCUACAUCUACCAGACUCAAUCAUACUGUGAAACACAAUGUGCAGGGUUUGCCGUUGUAGCCUUAUUAAAUGGUAACGAAUGUUAUUGUGGUGGUGCUGAUGUAGCAAAACAACUAGAGUCCAUGAAUCCGAACCCUUCACAGUGUACCAUCAACUGUGUUGGUUGGCCAUAUUCAACAUGUGGUGGUUCUUCUUAUAUGGAUAUCUAUAUUGAUAAAAGUCAAGAAAACUCCAAUUCUCAAUCAAACACAGCAGCAGACACUUCUGUUAACAAUGCAAAUACACAAUUCACCACAUUAUCAUCACAAACAUUGGAAAUGUUAACAUAUAGAACUAGUGUUACCAGUACUUCAAUAAGUACAAGUCCAAUAGAGACUUCCACAACCUCACUGCCGUUACCACCUAUAACUUCAACUUCAUCUUUUAAAACAAUGAGUUCAAAUACUUUAACAUCAUCUACCUCAAGUACAAUUUUCACUAUUACUACCUCAUCAACUUCAGCAACAACAUCUAGUUCUUCGUCUUCGACGUUAGUUCUAUUACAAAUCACUUCGGACCCCUUAUUACCAUCAUCCUCUUCCGUCACAUCUACAUGGGUUACCAGUACUUCCACACCGGUUACCAGUACUAUCAUAACAUCAUCUUCUCCUAGUUCCUCAACAUCCAUAAUUACAACAUCUACGCCGAUUAUCAGUUCAAUAGUUACCUCAUCUACCCCUGUAUUUUCUUCUAGUAGUGUUGCACCUUCAUCUACAUCUAUUACCACUAUAUCAACUAUUUCUACAUUAACAUUAUCUAACAAGAUACAGACUUCAUCUACACCAUUAUCAUCAACGAUCGUUGUAGCUCCACAUCAUGCAAGUACAGUUACUAAGAUAUCAGAAAUUCAGAUUACUACUCAAAUUGUUUCCACAUCGAUUGUAACACAAGGGAAUAAUCAUUCACAAGUUGUUUAUGUUACUACAACUGCUGUUUUAACUACUUCUACUGCAUAUUCUACAUUAUUACCAAACAGGAAGAAUAAUAAUAAUUCAAAAGGUUCAGCAUUAGGUGGUGGUGCUAUAGCAGGUAUUGUUAUCGGUGUUAUUGUUGGUACUGCAAUUAUUAUUGGCAUAAUUGUUUAUUUCUUCUAUUGGAGACAUUGUUCUGAAAGACAGAUAAUUGAUCUUGAAGAGACUAAACAAUAUCAGCCAUAUUCAUUUGGCGAUGUUGACGCUAAUCCUACUCCACAAUUAAUUAAAUCUCAAACUUUGCCCGGUGUCUGGAAUCUAAGUAAAGGUAUACCCACAAGAAAUAACACAAGUGGAAAUAAAACAUUGAGAUCUAAGCCUAGUGCUGGGUCACUAUUACCAUCUUUCAUGAACAACUCGCACUCACACUCACAAUCUAAGGGUAAUAUUUCUAUAAUCGCAUCACCAGUAUCAAGUAAGAUACCUAGAGAAAACCUAUCAUAUCCUUCAUCUACUAAUGGAACCCUUGCCUCUGAGUUAUAUUCUGAUAAUCCACAAAUGCAUAUUAGUUACCAAGAUCAAGAUUUCAAACCAAUUAAUCAUCAUAUUCACAUGAUGAAGAAGAACCAUUACCCAUCAACAGUAUACGAAGAACCACCAUCUAUUUAUAAUGGAUCUGUAAAUUCAGAAAGAUACAGUGCUACAUCUAUCCCAGAUAUGAUGAAUAACAAGCUAGGGCAUGGACCAUUACAUAUUGUGAAUCCAGAUGGAGAUAAUUAUAGCAAUAGUGAAAAUAACAAAGGCAAUGGCAAUCAUAAAUACAACUAUAUGGUGAAUACUCAUAAUCUAAAUUAUGAUGACGCUGCUGAUGAUUAUGAGACUAAUACCACUCGACCACUUGAUGGAGACAAUGAAGACGAGAAUGCAAAUGAGAAGAUUUCUUUGACAGAUAUAUUUGCUGAUAACUACAAUAGAUUAUCAACUGGAAGUUCAUCUGAUUCUAUUGAAUUUGAAUUUACUGAAAAGGAUUAG